AUGUUCUUUGGUGGCGGACGCGGGGAGUAUUAUUCCGACGAUGGCGACGACGACGAAGAAGAACGAGAUCUAGAAGAAAAAAUUCGGAAUCAUCAUCAUCAUUUUCAAGCCGGAGAAAGAGCAUCCGGAGGAGGAGGAGGACAAAGAGAAAACCACCACGCAGGCGAUCCGAAAACGACGACGACGACGGAACAAGAGGAAGUGAACGAAACGUUGACGAACGUGUUUCAAGGGUACGAGACGAAAUCGUUACCGUUCGAGACGAUACCACAUCCGUGUAAAGUGGUCGAGUCGUCCUCUUUAAACGCCGUGGCGUUGCCGAAACUCACCUAUCCUCUCGUUUCCGAGUUGAUUGAGAAUCGAAAACUGUCCGGCUUGCAACUCGAAGGCGUCGCGUACGCGUGUCAAAAACACCAAGAGUAUUUAGAAGAUGGCAGACGACGAGCGGGGUUUUUUAUCGGCGACGGUGCGGGUAUUGGUAAAGGGAGGCAAAUUGCCGGCGUCAUUUUCGAUAAUUAUUGCAGAGGAAGAAGAAGACACGUUUGGGUGUCCACGUCGAUCGAUUUGGCGCGAGACGCGAUGAGAGAUUUAACCGACUUGGGGUGCCACGCGAAGAUCAUAAGAAACGUUCAAGAGCUGGAUAACCAGACCAAAGCGACUGGGUUGAGUCGCGACUUUCAGGAAGGUAUUUUGUUUACCACAUAUUCGACGCUCGUGAGCGCUACCGGGAAGUACGACAGGUUCCAACAGAUUAUCGAUUGGUUCGGCGAAGGCGAGGACGGGAACGGCUGUUUGGUUUUCGACGAAUGUCAUAAAGCCAAGAAUUCGGGGCACUUCGCGGGCGCGGGAAAAAAGUCGAGCAGCGAUAAUGGGAGUCAAACGGCAAAGGCUGUCAGAGAGAUGCAAGAGAUGUGUCCGGAAGCCAGAGUUUUGUACUGCUCGGCGACGGGCGUUUCGGAGAUUGGAAACAUGGCGUACAUGGAACGUAUGGGCUUUUGGGGUCCGUCGACGCCCUUCAAAGAUGCCGAGACCUUCAUCAAGAAAUUGCAAGACAGAGGCGUAGGUUUUCUUGAGAUGCUCGCGAUUGAGAUGAAAGCCGGUGGAAAGUAUGUCGCGAGAGCGCUUUCCUUCGAAGAAGCGGAAUUUCGCACGGAAACUGUGAAAAUUACCGCUCAACAGAGGGCGAUGUACGACUCGGCGUGCCAAAUUUGGCAAGACGUUCGCGUAGAGUACGAGGAUUUAGCGCAUAAACGAGGCGAGAAGAGCGGGAUGUUCAUGAAAUUGUACUGGAGCGCGCAUCAAAGAUUCUUCAAGUUGUUAUGCGUGAGCUUCAAAAUCCCGUUCGUCGUCAAGGAGGUUGAGGAAGCUUUAGAAAGAGGCGAGUGCGCUUUAAUCGGUCUCCAAACAACCGGCGAAGCGCAAGAUACGCGUUUGAACUUACAAUACGGAUUCGAAAGCGAUGUCCCAACCUCCACGACGCAAGAAAUUUUGAGACAGUUCAUUAUGGAACACUUCAAGACGGACGUCAAUGGCAAAUCGAACGGAACCGCUGAGGAGCAAGAAGCGGUGAAACUCUUACCCGUCGCCGAUCUUCCGGAUGGUUGGAAACAAAGAGCAGACGGAACUAUCACCGGUCCUCGAACGCACGAGGAAGCGUACAAGGUCAAAGAAGCGCUCUUAAAGCGCGUAGAAGAGCUGGAUUUACCCCCUAAUUUCCUCGACGACUUAAUCGAUAAACUCGGCGGCGUCGAGAAAGUAGCCGAGAUGACAGGCAGGCGUGCUAGAAUGGUGCGACACUCGAUUGGUGAAGAAUCUGGACUGACGUACGAACCAAGAUUUGCGGUGCCACCAGUCUCGGACGACGGGCGGCAUUUACUCGCAUCGGCGAGUAAUAACAACAAGGACAAGUUCGCAUCGGAAAUGGAUAGCAUCAAUAUUCGAGAAGCCAAGUGGUUUAUGGAGGGGAGUAAAUUGGUUGCCAUCAUUUCAGAUGCAGCUUCGACGGGAAUCUCACUGCACGCGAGCAAGAAAGUGCCGAACCAGAGGCGUCGCGUGCACAUCACCGUUGAAUUACCCUGGGCUGCGGAUAAAGCAAUCCAGCAACUUGGACGGUCGCAUCGCUCGAAUCAAGCACAGGGCCCGUUAUAUGUUAUGGUCUCAACUGAUAUUGGGGGUGAACGGCGCUUUGUAUCUGCUGUCGCGAGACGUUUGCAAAGUCUCGGCGCGCUCACCCGCGGCGAUCGACGCGCGGCGACUGGUGUCGAUUUGAGCGAUGGUAACGUGGACUCUUUCCUCGGGAAACGAUCUUUGCAAAUUAUGUUUGAUGCGCUCAACGCGCAGGUCGACAACGAUACUUUCGAUUUCAAAUUACCGACGGGCGUUUCCUUGCAAAGUGUUUGGAAACACGCCGGGUUGAGUGACGACGAAUACCAACGUAAGAUUUCUGAAGAAACAAUUGAGAGCGGUAAAUCGCUGAGAGAUAUUUACGUGGAACUUUCACGCGCUGUUCUCGAGCUCGGCGAGAAAGGUGGUGAGAAAUCUUUGAUUACUGUUAGUGCGGUCAACGUGCGCAGAUUCUUAAAUAGGUUACUCGGCGUCCCGGUACUUCGUCAAAAUAUUCUGUUUGGAUUGUUCGGAGAUACGCUCCACGCCGUGAUAAAUGCCGCGAAACUUGAAGGUAGUUAUACCGAGGGAGUGAAUCAACUCGGCGGUCAACAUGUCGCGCUCGAUGGCAAAGCCAACCAAGUUGUUCUCACAGAACCGUUUCACGGUGCUCGCCUACUUAAGUCCAACUUUGUCUCCGAUCGUGGGUUAUCUUGGGAUCAAGCCUUUGAGAUGUACAAAACGAGCGGUUCGCGAUACCCCCGCGAUGGAUUUUAUUUCAAAAAGAAAAAGUGGUAUGGCAGGCGCGAAAUUAUGUUAGUGUUCACAGCCCCUGGUACCGAUGAACUCGAAGUAGAAAUUUACAGACCGAAUAUGGGGAGAGUUCAACCCAACCAUAAUCGCUUCGAUUUCAUGGCAGACAACACUCGAAUCGAAGACAAAGACCCCGGGUGGUUGAUUGAAUCUAAAGCCAAAGAAGAGUGGGAUUUUACGUACGACAAGACCGAAUUCGGCUGCAAACAUUACGGGAAGUGCCAAAACGCCCAAAGCGGUAUACAUUGCAAUUAUGGAAGUCGAGCUGAGCGAUGCUGCAUCGUCAACGGUGCCGUCGUGUCCAUGUGGAAAGAGCUCGAAACAGUUUUGCGACGACAUCAGUCGAGUGUUCUUUUCCGUGACCGACACAUGCGCGUCGUACGCGUGGAAACUAACCUUAAGAAGCGACAAGAAGAGGCGCAGACGACGGCCGUCGCGGCGUUACUCCCCGAUUCAAACGGAAGCGAUCAACAAGAACAAAACCCCGAGGACUUUUCGUUAAACGAAACGAACAACGGAACUGACGAAAUGUUCGAGAUAGUUGGUAUUCGAUAUCCCGAAAAAUUACUCCCGCUGGUCGUCGCUGCCGCCGAGAAAAAUUGGGAGGAAAAAAAGAAAAAAGGCGCGGAAAUUAAAGGUCGCAUGUCGUUGAAAAAAGACGACGUGACGCCUAUUGAUCCAUUCUCGUACAAGAAAGCGACGACGCAGCAAAAAACCAUGAAGAACUUUUUCAAAUCCUCCGGGAAUAAAAAAACAACCAGUUUCUUGAACUGGGACGAUUUUGAAGACGAGGAGAACGCGCCCGAGAAGAACAAAAAGACCGCACCUUUGUUGACUGCGGCCGCAUCUAAUGCAGCUGCCACCGACGAUGCAUCGAAAAAGUCAAAUGUCCGCGAUAAAAGCGUCUCGUCCUCUGCGCGCAUCCAAGACUUUUUCAAAAGGUUACCCGCCGAAGUGGCGGAUUUGGAAAACUUGGUGAAGAAACAGAAAACGAGCGAAGAGGCGCGGGAGCGAAAACGUUUAUUAGCUAAAUCUCCAACGCCAAUUCCUUUGAAAGAAAGCAUCGAAAGGGACGGCAGAACGAACGCAUCAAUACCACCACCACCACAAGUUGAGUACAUAGAAAUUGAUUGA